AUGUCGUCCAACAAAAAAGUGCUCACAAAUGCUGUAAGUUUGUUGUUUUGUUUAUUCGAAUGCGAGAAUCCCAAUCAUUUUUUUCAGCAAAAAGAAGCAUUGCACCACGCCGAUGAACUCGAGAAGGAGGCGAAUCGCCGUAGAAGUGUCGAGGUUUGUUUAACUAACAGUUUCAUGUGAGCUCAAAAAAUCUUGAUUAUUUCCAGAAAAAAUCGACAAGCUCUUACACUGAAGACCGCACUCAGUCUUCAAGAUCCAACUCGAGAUCUCAUCACUCGAACUCGGUUACUGGAGGUGGAUCGAGCAGCAGCAGCUCGAGAAGAGACAAAAGCUCUCGCAGAUAA